AUGCCUACAGCUAAAGGCAUGUCCCACAUGCUUCCCAACCAUGUUCUGAGAGUGGGCCAAACUAUUCGCCUGGACUCUGCUCAGGAGACAGUCAAUAGUCAGCCCAAUGGUAACCAUGGUGACGCUGAUCUCGACAUCUCCCUGAAUAAUCUCAACCAGCUCAUCCUGGAUUUGGAUCCGACAUUUGAACCCAUUUCAGUCAACAAAAGUCCAUCGUGCACCAGCCCUCCCGCAGAUGAAGAUAUUUCCCACUGCGUGUUGGUCUCUAGAGGAUGCUCCCCACAUACCAUGGUCCAGUCUGUGUCACCCAGUAUACCCAUCCCUUCACGAAGCAGGCUCAGUUGCAGCACCAGCGGCCUGCCGGUAUUUUCCAGCUCCCCAACAUGCUCACUGCCUCCGUUGCCAUGUGGAAGUGCACCCCGACGAAUCCCCUCACUGAAGCAGGACAUGGCGUUUUCGCAAGGAUCCUUCUUGCCAAACCCCAACAGAAACAGUGGAGCCUCGCUCCACUCCAUGUCAACAUGCUCAGACACCAGCUACAUCCUUGGCAGCACCCUGUCCUUGGCCAGUGAAGAUGCUGACUCUCCAGAGUCCAACCUUACCGGUACGUCCAGCUCCUUCAGUGAUGUGUCCUCGAUGAGGCUGUUUGAUAACAGGUACAGCGCAGACAGGCCUUCGCUGACAAAACAGGGACAUCUGCAGGAGCUCCAUAGCAAAGGAGCACAGAGCAGUCCAGCUUCACUCAACGGGUCUAUGACUGACAUCCCUGUACUGUUGUUGAAUGGUGCACCAGAACCAAAUCUGCACAUCAAUUCCCCUGCACCAGAAAUGGACUUGAUACAGACUGUAACUGUGUCUCCCUCGAAGCCAUUCUCCCCUCACAGUUUCCGGGCCCAUUUUAAUGGCAGUCAGCCCUCAAUGAAAUUUGUCAUGGACACUUCAAAGUUUUGGUUCCUUCCACAUAUCAACAGAGCAGAAGCUGAAGCUCUGGUAAAAGACAAGGAAGCAGGAACAUUUGUGGUGAGAGACAGCACGUCUUACAGAGGCAGUUUCGGCCUGGCCAUGAAGGUGGACCAAAGUCCCACCAACUUCACUCCUUCCACCUACCCAGGAGAGAGCAGUUCAGACGUUGUCAGACACUUCCUCAUUGAAUCAUCAACUAAGGGCGUUCGGGUCAAAGGCUCUUCUCAGGAACCAUACUUUGGUAGUCUCUCCGCCCUGGUCUACCAGCACACUAUCAGCGCUUACGCUUUACCCUGCAAAUUAGUGCUCCACUCCCAAGAUCUAGGCACAGCAGAGCAAAAGACAAAUGACAAACCAGCCUCAGACGACAAGAGUAAAACAGCUUGCAACUUCAUCUACCUGAAUGCUGUUCCCACCGAGAUGCUGACGGGCCCUUGUGCCGUUCAGAGGGCAGUGUCCUCAACAUUUGGGAAGGUCUCAGGGUCCUUCAUACCAACCGUGGUCAAUCUGAAGGUGUCGUUGAAGGGUGUAACUCUGACAGAUAUCAACAGGAAGCUUUUCUUCAGACGCCAUUACCCUGCUCACCUGCUUAGCUACAGUGGUGAAGAUCCAGACAAUAGAUUGUGGAUAAAAGGUUCUGCAUUUGGUGCAAGGAUGUUUGGCUUUGUGGCCAAAGGCAUCGAGGCUGGUGCGGAGAACGUAUGCCACGUCUUUGCAGAGUAUGACCGCCUGCAGCCUUGCAACAAGGCCGUCGAGGUUAUUCAGGCGGCCAUAGCCAACCAUUAA